AUGUGGGAACGUAGGAGUCGGUAUGCUUAUUGCAAUGGCUCGGAAGCCAGCGAGAAGGCUGAAAUUAUUGUAAAUAUCGGCGGAGUUAAGCAGGUGUUGUAUGGAGACGUACUGAACCGCUACCCGGAGACGCGACUGGCAGAAUUGGUGAAGUGCUCCAUUGGUAGUACGGAGGAUUUCUUCUCAUUUUGUGACGAUUAUGACCCUGGAAAGGGGGAGUUUUAUUUUGAUAGGGACCCAGAUGCCUUUAAGUGUAUAAUUGAGUUGUAUUACUACGGCGAGAUACACAUGAAACGAGGCAUAUGUCCGAUUUGUUUCAUGAAGGAGAUGGAGUUCUGGAAAAUCGACCCAGAUUUCUUGGACGAGUGCUGUACAAGCAACCUGAAUGAAGUGGAAUAUGAGCUUGCAGAGAUAGCCGAAAAAGUUAAAACGAUUCUGGUUGACCAGGAAGAGGAUCUAUCCUCCAGAGACUGGCAGCGGUUCCAAAUGUUCCUCUGGAGACUUAUGGAGAAGCCAGACUCCUCUAUGCCAGCGCGCAUUAUCGCCAUCAUCUCUUUCCUCUUCAUUCUUAUAUCCUCCGUGGUGAUGUGUAUGGGCACCAUACCUGACCUGCAGGUGGAGGGCGCCGAAGGAAAUCACACUGAGCACCCAACCUUGGAAACCAUUGAGACGGUUUGCAUCGGUUGGUUUACUGUUGAGUAUGUUUUACGUCUGAUAUCCUCUGCAAAUAAGGUGAAAUUCGUCCUGUCUUUCAUGAAUAUAAUAGACUUUAUGUCCAUUAUGCCUUUCUAUGUGGUACUGACAUUGACCUCCCUGGGCACGACGAUGAUGGAGCUCGUUAACGUGCAACAGGCAGUUCAGGCGCUGCGCAUUAUGCGCAUUGCACGUAUCUUCAAGCUGGCGCGCCAUUCCGCAGGGCUACAAACUCUCACCUCUGCACUAAAGAGUAGUUUUAAAGAGCUAGGACUACUUCUCAUGUACAUGGGUGUGGGAGUUUUCCUUUUCUCUGCGCUGGGCUACACACUCGAGCAGAGCCAUCCGGAAACAAUGUUCACCAGCAUCCCACAGUCCUUCUGGUGGGCCGUCAUUACCAUGACAACGGUUGGCUAUGGGGACAUCUACCCCAAAACCACCCUUGGUCGGUGUAACGCCGCCGUGAGCUUUCUCUGUGGGGUUAUUGCCAUUGCGCUGCCCAUACAUCCCAUCAUUAAUAACUUUGUCAUAUUCUACAAUAAGCAAAGGGUGCUGGAGACCGCUGCCAAGCACGAAAUCGAGCUCAUGGCUUUGCGCUCCAAGGAGGGCGCAGAGAUGACUGGGUCCCGAAAGCUGCGCAGGCCUGUCCGCGCUGAGACCGCGGAGUGGGACUUCGCCAUCGGCUCUUCUCACAGUGACACCUCUAUACCCCUACUGAAUGACUCGACCAAAAUUGUUAGGGCGCAAACGCCCAGCCUGGGCACAAGCUUUGAUAGUUCAUGCCAUUGA